AUGACCUCGAAAAGCUUCGACGUGUUGCAGAAGAAAUACCAGUUUGUCCUCCAAAAUUUCCAACGAUUAUGUCGUGUUUGUGCGAGUACAGAAAAUCUUAUAGACAUAUUUUCCAAUGAGAAAACAGCUGAUGGUGACUCUGUAAAGCGGAGCAAUGUCUUCAACGCCGAGCGCAAUAUAAAUAGAUUGUUUAACGAAAACUAUUUUCCGUACGAUCCGGCGGAAGAAUUUGGCCUGCCAGAUUAUAUCUGCGAGAAGUGUAUGGAUACGUUAGUUCGUUGGCAUCGUUUUCGAGAGACCUAUGCUAUUACGACUAAUCUGCUGCAUAAAGUUAGGGAGCAACUAAAGUCGGAUAACGUGUUUAAUAAGAAUGCUUCUGCUGAAUACACUCUUGCCAGCCGUGUUAAAAUAAUUGAAGAAAGUGGUGGUGAGGAUAUAGCGAUCGAAACAGAAUGCAAUUACGAGAUAGAGUUCCUUCAAGCUUUACCGGAAAAUGCGGUCGUUGAUAAUGUAACCAUCAUUGAAAAGAGAGAUGAAUCCGAGAUCCAGCAUGAGCUUCAGGAACAGGAAGAAAGUGAUUGGGAUUUAGAUGACAGAGGAUCUGUUUUUGACACACGCUCAGGCAUUUUAUCUAAUGAAAAGAACGAUGAAGUGUUUCCUUUAACGAUAAAAUCAGAGGAAAUUUUAGAACAAAAAGUAUCAUUGAAUCGUGCUAAUGAUGGGUCAUGUAAGUUACUCAGACAUAAACGCGAUUUUAAUCAAUGCCCAGUAUGUGGCGUAAUCGUCAAAAGCAAAUUGAAACAUCAUUUAAUGCGGCAUUCAGUUCCUGGAGGACGCCCGUUCAAAUGUUCUGAAUGUGAUAGGGCUUAUUCAUUUAAGCGCAGUUUAAACGAUCAUGUACGACAAGUGCACGAGAACAUUCGGUAUCCGUGUGAUAUUUGUGAGAAAGAAUUUGUCAGCAGAGACGUUUUACGAAUUCACAGAAAGCUGCAUCUAGACGAAUCUUAUCAGUGCGAUAUUUGCGCACAGACUUUUCAACAACGGGUUUAUCUUCGUAAGCACAUGGCAAUGCACGAGGGGAAAAGAUUUAGCUGUGAUGAUUGCGGGAAGAAUUUCCGCUUCAAAGAGCUUUUAAAACAGCACCUUCGAAUUCAUACUGGAGAAAAACCGUUUCUGUGCACGUUGUGUCUCAAAAGUUUCCGUACAUCCAGCCAUCUGAAGCAACAUCAUCGGACGCACGCGAAGGUAAAACUGUUCAAGUGUACACAUUGCCCGGCCGUGGAAUAUGCAUGCAAAAAGUCCUUGGAUCGGCAUAAUGGGUUGGAACAUCCCACGGCAAAAGCAGUGCGGUAGGUGAGUUUUUUUUAUAAUAAAAUA